UUGGCAAGCAAAACCCCAAAUAGAAAGAACCUAAACCCUUUUCUUUUCUCUCUCCCGUAGCACUCUCAACCAAACCCCAAAGAAACCCUAUUAGACCCCAAACCCCUUUCUCUCUCUCGGUGCCCUGCUUUCCUCUCAAACUCUCACCCCCCAAUCUAUCGUUGUUACCCUGCAGCUCGUCGGAGCUCUCGCAUGGCCGCCGGCCUGUUCUUCCCCUUCUCCGUACUUGUUCGUUGCUGGGCUGCCAGGGUCAGGUGCUAGUCUUCUCUCUACUUCUUGUCGUGCUGCCGGCGUUAUUGCCACCUAACCGCGUCGUGGUGGUCUCUCUUCUUCUCGCAUGCUGAUGUUGUUGUAUCGUUUCUGCUUUGGGCGCGGGUGCUGCGGUGAUAGGUCGUCGUUGUUGUUGUUGUUAGUUGUUGUUGUGUCGUUGCUGCUGGGUUCUUGUUUGUUGUUGUCCCGUUAUUUCCCCUCUGGAUUUCUGAUGGUACUGCGUGUGGGUGGUGCCGCCCUAAGCCGAUGCUACUGAUAGGUUGUGGAUUCAGAGCUCGAAAUUGGAAGUGGAGAAAGAUAAAGAUGUUUUGUGAAUUAAUGAUUGAGUUUGUAUUUUAGAUAGCUUAUUUGAGAAUAGUUAUUUAUAUACCGUUGUAUAUAAUAUUUGGGAAUAUUAGUCGAGAUAUUGGUGUAAUUAAGGUGAUAUUUCCGCUGUUAGUUAAUUUAAUUAAGAGUUAAUUGUUGUUUAUGGUUGUUGAGUGUCUUGUGGUUGUCGAGUGUGUUCCAUUAGCAGCUCGAAACAGUGGGCUAUGACACUUAACCUUGUUGGGAUUGACAUCAAUUCGCCUUUCGCUAACCAGGAUACCAAGAAUUUGCCGAACUUGAUGCCAAAUACGCACAACUUGGGAUUCAAAUUCAUCUAGAAACGCCUCAACGUUUCAAAUGUUUCUUGCAGGUCUUCCUACUGUUCUUUCUCAGUUUUGCUUUUCACUAUAGAGUCAUCAACAUACACCUCUCCACGUUUCUCCCCUUUUGAGCAUCAAAUACUUUGUAACCAACUUCUGAUAUGUCGCCCCUGCAUUCUUCAACCCAAAAGGCAUGAUUUUAUAGCAGAAGACAUUGGCAUUCGCAACAAAUGUCGUCUUCUUUCUAUCUCCCUUGAACAAACUUAUUUGGACAUAUCCUGAGUAGGCGUCCAUGAAGCUCAGCAUGGCAUUGCCUCUGGUAGAGUCGACAAUCUUAUCAAUCAUUGGCAGGGUAAAAAUCUUUCGGAUAAGCUUUGAUGAGAUUAGUAAAGUCAAAACACAUUCUCCACUGCCCACUUGAUUUAUUUGCCAUGACGACAUCGGCAAGCCAUGACGGGUAACUCUGCGUUGGUUAUCUUCUUUUUGUCGGGGAUGUUCAAGCUACAGAUUCUUUUGUCGGUGUCCCUGUCAAGAUUUUCUUCCGCUUUUCUUUUAUGAUUUAUACCCUUCAUCAUAGUGUGAUAACAAGAUAUUGCCGACUCUAGGUUGCCCUUUAAUCUUUCCAGCUGUCUGACAUUGGACAUGUACACUAUUGUCAAGUGGAAUGUUGAUACCACCGCUUGUGCAUAAUGAAUUAGGGGACAUCUGAUGAUGGCGUUGAAAGUUGCCGGGACAUUGACCACCAAGAAUUCAAUCAUUAAGUCCCCGCUUUCUCGUCAUGACCAAUCUUCACCAAUAGCUUUAUAGCUCAUUUUGGUAUGACGGGAGCUCCAGUAAACCCAUUACACGAUAACUAACUCCCUUCAAGUGCUCAAGACCGAUACUCAUCUUGUUAAAAGCAGUCAUGAACAAGAUGUUGGCGGAACUGCCGCCACCUACCAAUACCCUAUGAAUGGCACAAUUUGCGACAUUCAAGGUGAUGACCAGAGGGUCAUCAUGUGGGAAGAUAAAGCCUUCCGAGUCUUUCUUAGUGAAUGUAACUCUUGACAUAGUUGGUGGCUCUGGCCAUCGAUGUGUCACAUGCAGAUUGACUUGAUGACAGUUCCUUCGAAGACGCUUUAGCUCUGCGGGUUGUCCCACCAUUCAUAGGUCUGCCAACGACUAUGACAUGAAUGAUCGUCAACCUAUCUCGUACCGGGGUGUUUCGAUGGGAUUCCUCGACAUGACUCUGAUACUGCCAGCCAGAAUCAUGUCAGCUAGCCUCUUACCUUGACUUGUACAGAGUGAAAUACCCUCUUCUGAUCAAGUCCUCCAAAUUGUUUUUCAGAUCUUUGUAAUCUUUAGUAAUGUAGCUGUGAUCUUUGUGAAAAUCACACCACCUGUUCCUGUCUCGGCCUUUAUGGAACAUUGUUCUGGGACGUUGCCACUUGUCGUCAUCCUUAUGCAUGGCGAAAAUAUGUGCCCUGAUCUUAGUUAAUGGUGUGUAACAUUCAAAUUUCUCCUUCUUUUCUUUUCCCUUGGAAAUACUAGUGUGGGCAAUUCCUUCUAAUCCUCCUUCUUGCCUUGACCUCCUCGCUUUUCCUCCUUGGCAAUUUCAGGGUCUCGCCGCCUCUCCUUAUAUUCGAGGCUCGGUCAAACUCUUCACUCUUGAUGAACUCAUUGGCUUUCCUAAUACUGCCGCCAAGGUUUUUAAGCUCUUUGUCCCCAAAUAGCUCCUAACAUCUCCAUCUUUCAGUCCCGACAUCAGAGCUAAGAUGGCAACCUCUUGCUGCAAAUUUGGUAUUGUAACCCUUUCUCAAUUAAACCUCCCCAAUAAGUUUAUAAGGCUUUCAAUCUCGCCUUGCUUUAGGACCAUGAGCUCUCCUGUGGUUCUUUCCUGUCUUUAGUUGUUGACAAAUUAUUUCUGUAACUCGACCGACAAUUGGUAGAAAUCAGUGAUGGAUGUCGGAGGCAGGCUUCAAAACUUUGCACCCGAUGGCAUUUGACUGACAGAUGCAUAUGCCCCUCAUAUGCCGACAAGUGGUCCACUGGGUCUGUUGUGUCGUCACAUUUGCGCGACGGUAUCUUGAUGCGUCGCAUGGGCUCCUCAUAAUCUCUUUGAUGAAAGGUGAGCCUCUAAGUUUAAUGGGAGGAUGUUACCGUCUUCAGUAAGUGUUGAAUGUCCUACCAUGCUGGCUAGUGUUACCCCUUGAUUCUCUCACAAUACUCUCUCUAUCAUCAUAAACAGGCUCCGUGUACAUGUCGGUAUCACCAUCUUAGCUCCGUCUGUAGAGUUUCUUCAUCAUAACCUACUUCCGCCAUCUCCCUCUCCAGUCGACGUCCAUCUUGAAAAAAAAGGCUUUGUUCUCAAAAGGUUGUCGUCCCGGUCGCAACCAAUGACUCUUAUAGGUCGCUUACUUGGUGAACUAUUAAGCUGAUUGUCGGAUGUUACGAUAUCAAGUACCGAUCUGGCAGCUUGGAUCUGCUCUGGAGUGAAGUGUGCAAUGCCAGAGGAUGGUGUUCUUGGGUUCGGACCGGUUGGGGUUAUGGUAUCCGACUCAGGGGACCCGAGAUCUUCAUCUUCCACAUAAACAGGGUCAGGAUCAUUGAUAGGGCCGCUAUACUUGGUUGAGACAGGUUUGCCGUCUGGAUCGACGUUGCCGGUAGUAAUGGGGUCCAUCCCCUCUUUCUAGAGCCAAUUGUUCCGGGUGUGAAACAGUGGACGUCAUGUGUUGACGGCUGUCAGAGGGAUGGUGGAGCUUGACAACGUUGGGAAUCCCGGUGUUGACUUGAUGGUACAACUGCACAUGGAACAAGGAUGACUAUUCUCCCGGGUUUGCUGAGAAAACCCACUCCGAUGCCUAAGUAAGAUAGGGUUCGACAAACACGUGUACAGAUAAAGUAGGUAGGGUCAGAAUUAAAUGUACCUUGGGAACAGGUGGUGGUCUAUCUAUAGCUAGUGAAAAUUAGGUCGGUUUCCCGAAAUAGGAACUUCUUCGUACAUGUGUACGUCAUAAUCUUUGUCCAUACACGUAGUAUUGGUAAGCGAACGUGCUCUAACAAAAGUUUAUGUCAUGAACACAAUACAUGAUUAGCUUAUGUGGUGGUCGGCAAACAUAACUUUGUCUGUCCCUAUAAUCAUGACCACGAGACCAUUACUGACGUGAGUUUUCCUGGUCGUCAUGUAGAUAACGACCGGUAGGUAUCGAUGAUCGGCAUAUAGAUGACGGUCACAAAUUAAGGGAUUAUAUAUCUCGUACACCAACUUCACUACAUUAAUCAAAUGUAUCAAAUCAUAUGUUGGAGGUCUAUUUACGUCAUUGUUGUGUAAUCGGAGUACUCUACUCUCAAUAAGCAAUUUUAAAAUACUAACUUUUGAGUUCACUCAUGGUACACCCGGGUGUACCAUGAGCAUGGUACACCCAAGGGUAUUUUUGUAAUAAAUUAGAACUUCAGGUGUUCAUUUGACACCAAAUUUGCUCAUAUGGCAUUUUGCUCAUUUACUGAUUUUGCUCAUUUUGUAAUAAAAGUGUUUGCUGAUUUUCUUAAAUAGUAGAAAUGUUUGCUCAUUUGCUCAUUUGUUUAUUUUGCUCAUUCACUCAUUUUGCUCAUUUGGAGAAAAUAGUCUUGGGUGUACUAUAAAUAUUCUCCUAACUAGUUAAUUAAAGAUAUUAGGAUGAUUGUAUAAGUUGUGAAUUGCCUCGUUUAUAGCCUUGUUGAAAGAGCCUUGUUGAAAGCUUGAAGGUCUCUCAUGCCUAAACCACCCUCCUUCAAUUUUUAAUAGCCACCAAGCUAGCUUUCUCUCUUCAUUCUUUUGUCCCCUCAAGAAAUUACGACAAAUUCUUUUCAUUUUAUAUAGUAUACUUAAUGGAAGGAUAAAGCAUUGCAUAGCAUAUGUCGGAACUACCUAGGCAAUUGAUUUUAUGAGCACCUCUCUUUGAGAUUGAGAUAAAUAAUUCUCCUUCCAUCCUUUUAGCUUUUUCCAAAUCCGUUCCAGAAUUGAUUAAAAAACCUUUUUUUUUUAACUCUCAAGAUAAGUUGGAAGCCGUAGGUAUUUAUUGUGUCCUUCUACAGGUUAACUUUAUCGGAAGGAUUUCUUUCUUAUCUGGCUCAGACAUUUUCAUAUUCAGUUUCUGACUACUUCCAACAUUUUAAUUGCACUAUUCAUGCACUUAUGAAAAAUUUGUGAAUAUUAUACAAUACAAAUUUUAGCAUAUAAUGUGUUGUUGAAGUUUUUUACAAGAUUUUAACUUCUCUAAUUUUCACUAGUAUAUAUUUUGCUUGUGUUUCUUCUCAUUUUUACAUAACUAUCUGUUUCAAUCCAUGUUUUCAAAUCAUCAUUAUGGGUGUUCUUGGAUCUUUUGUACUUCACUAACAUAAUAAUUCUUGUUAUUGAUUAUAUAUUAGAUGUUAGUAUCUUUCACAAUCUUCCAAACUAUUCCAAUUUCCAACAACGGGUUUAUGAAAUAUGAUGUUCGUUAAACGCACUACUUAUAGCAAACUACAUAAUCUGUAUUUAUAAGUAGCUAGCUGUACCAAGACUUUUGGGGCUUCUGGUAUAUUUCUUCUUUUGUUGAUGGCUAUUCAUCCGAAAUAUUAGGAUAUAAUGAUAAUGAUGACAAUGACCCUCGUUAAUGAGUAACUAGUAUUUGAAAUCCCUUUAUUGCCACUAAUGUCAUAUUAGUUGGACGGCCAUUGUGGAAAUUAAGAGCUUGGGAAACAUAAACAGAGAAAUGAUAACAAAACGCAUAUAUAUUUAGAUAAAGAACAAAAAAGGCAGAGGCCAAUCUCACCUUUCCCUUAAUCCCCCUGUUUAGGUAAUCCUCGUUUCGUGUUAAAUUACUUGUAUUAAAGAUCGAAUAACAAUGGACUAAUAAGGUUAUACCCACUACGGGUCUAUAAAGUUCCCUUCAUCUAAAUAAGUACCUGAAGAAACCAUAAGCAGUUUGAUGUUAACUUAGAUAAAAAAAGAAAUGCACACAAAAAUGAUGUAUUCGCUACUGUUUUCUCUGGGGUUGAUUCUCAUUCAAGGUGCCAUAGAAUCGCAGGCAUUGGCAUAUCGUUUUGAAGUGAAAGAAGCAAUCUACACUAGACUCUGCGGAACAAAGUCUAUUCUGACAGUUAAUGGACAAUUUCCAGGACCAACGAUCUAUGCACGCAAAGGAGACAUAGUUAUAGUCAAAGUUGUCAACAUAAGCAAAUAUAACAUCACAAUUCACUGGCAUGGAGUGAAACAACCAAGAAACCCGUGGUCUGAUGGACCUGAGUACAUAACUCAGUGUCCAAUCAAACCAGGUGGGGUAUUUACACAAACUGUGAUCUUGUCAGAGGAAGAAGGAACUAUUUGGUGGCAUGCUCAUAGCGAUUGGGCAAGAGCAACCGUGCAUGGUGCUUUUAUAAUCUAUCCGAAACAUGGGACUAAUUAUCCUUUUCAAAAGCCUGAUUUUGAAGUGCCCAUCAUAUUAGGAGAAUGGUGGAAAAGGGACAUUGUUGAAGUUUAUAAGGAAUUUCGUGCCACUGGAGGAGAACCAAAUGUCUCCGAUGCUUUUAUCAUAAAUGGUCAACCUGGUGAUUUAUAUCCAUGCUCUAGUGGAGAUACAUUCAAGCUUCAAGUGCAUAAUGGAGCAACCAUUUUACUUCGCAUAAUUAAUGCAGCAUUGAAUCAUGUUCUCUUCUUGGCUAUUUCAAACCAUCCAACAAUAAUAGUUGGCACAGAUGGAAGCUAUACUAAGCCCCUAACGAGAGACUACAUUUCUAUCGGCCCUGGUCAAACCAUUGAUGCUCUACUCGAAGCUAACCAAUUCCCAGGUCGGUAUUAUAUUGCUGCUAGAGCAUACUCAAGUGGUGUUAAUGUUAGUUAUGAUAACACCACAACCACAGCUAUUUUAGAGUAUGAUGCAGCUUACAACAAUGCGUCUUUGUCCCCAUCCUUGCCUCGUCUUCCCUAUUAUAAUGACACCAAAGCGUCUUAUUCCUUCACAAGUAGCUUACGAAGCUUAGCUAGUAAAGACCAUCCUGUUAAAGUUCCCUUAAAGGUAAACCACCGAAUAUUCUCCACUAUUUCGGUUAACUUGUUACCUUGCCCUGUCAACCGUACAUGUGAGGGCCCAAACGGUAGUAUAUUUGCUGCAAGCAUGAACAAUAUAAGCUUUGUUCUUCCCAAUAUUGAUGUGCUAGAGGCCUAUUAUUACCAUAUCAAAGGCGUGUAUGGCAAACGAUUCCCAAGAUAUCCUCAUGCGCCCUUUGAUUUUACUGCCGAGUAUCAAGAUUUGCGUCUUGAAGUAGCGAAAUUGAGCACCCAGGUGAGGGUGUUUAAGUAUAAUUCCACAGUUGAGAUAAUCUUGCAGGGCACCAAUUUAGUUUCUGGACUAGAUCAUCCUAUGCAUCUUCAUGGACAAAGCUUUUACGUUGUUGGUUCUGGAUUUGGAAAUUUCGACAAACACAAGGACCCAAAGCACUAUAACUUGGUGGAUCCUCCUCUGCAAAACACAGUGGUUGUGCCGAAAAAUGGUUGGACCACCAUCAGAUUCAAAGCUCACAACCCUGGAGUUUGGUAUAUGCACUGUCAUUUUGAGCGCCAUCUUACAUGGGGUAUGAUGACUACUUUCAUAGUGAAAGAUGGUAAAGACCUGAAAUCACGAAUGCUGCCUCCACCAUCUGACAUGCCACCCUGUUGAAAAUGCGGGUGGCGAGACAGCUUCUUUGUUUAAUUGGCAGGUUUGAUAAAAUUAGAAGACAUGGUCCAAACGUCUGCUUACUUCUUUAGAUUUCUAAAAAUUGUGUUUUGCUUGUGCACUACUUUCUUGCAACUGGCAUAACUUAUUUGUUGUUCGUGAGGAUGAAGCUAAUGUCAUGUCACUUAGAUUAUUAUUUGUAAUGACUUUGAGAAGAUUACAUUGCUCGCCAGAUAGCAUCAUAUAGAGAUGUCUUGGCUCCCUCUCA